CCUGGCAACACUGGUAGAAGAGACGCCAUUCUGCUGGCCCGCGAGGAGAGCAGCGUCCAGCGCACCGCCGCCACCUUCCGCACCACCAGCCAUGUCCUACGGCCGAGGCAACAACGAGUGCCGCAUAUACGUGGGGAACCUGCCCCCGGACAUCAGGACCAAGGACAUUGAGGACCUGUUCUACAAAUUCGGGAAAAUCGUCUUCAUAGAUCUCAAGAACCGCCGCGGCCCGCCCUUCGCCUUCGUGGAGUUUGAGGACCCAAGGGAUGCUGAGGAUGCAGUACACUCACGUGAUGGCUAUGACUAUGAUGGCUACCGCCUUCGCGUGGAAUUUCCCCGCAACAGCCUUCCAGGGGCUGCCCGGGGCGGGUCUGGCAGGGGCAGGGGAAGGGGACCCCCAGCUCGACGCUCACAAUACAGAGUGCUUGUUACAGGGUUGCCUCCUACAGGCAGUUGGCAGGACUUGAAAGACCACAUGCGUGAGGCUGGUGAUGUCUGUUAUGCUGAUGUCUACAAGGACGGCACGGGUGUUGUGGAGUUUCUGCGUUAUGAGGACAUGAAGUAUGCUGUCAAAAAGCUGGAUGACUCAAAGUUCCGCUCCCAUGAGGGUUUGAAUUCGCAGGGCGAGAAUUCUUACAUCCGUGUGAAGGAGGACUACGGCGGGUCAAGUCCUGCAUCAGGUGGUGGUGGUGGUCGGGGGAGGUCAAGAUCACGCUCCAGGUCACCCCGAGGGUACAGGGGCUCCCCAACCUACUCCCCUGUGCGGAGGUCCUACUCGCGCUCGCCCUCACGGUCGCGGUCCAGGUCUAGGGACCGCUACUAACUCUGGCUGGCUGUGGUGCAGACCCGGAAAGAAACUUGAUGAGGAUUGGCUGGGCAUUUGGCUGACCUGUAGCGUAGCCACUCUGCCUGCUGGUGCACAGCAGGCUGGGGACGAUGUGCCCUGCCUGGCAUCAGGUGCCCUGCGCUGACUUGACUCUCUUGGCCCAUGCAGUCUGUAACCGGGAUUGGAGGACGUCAGGUCUGCACAGUUGCCAGUCACACGUCCCACUUGCCCUUUGAUUAUUGGUUCUCAGAUUAUCAGUUUUGAUGAGAGGGAAAAUGUGUGGUGCUUCAUCCAGAACUCUUUUAUUUUUAUUCCAAGAAAGUACCACAUGUAAAUAUUUUGAAAUCCAAUUCAUACUAAUGACCACAAAAAUAUUUCUUUUCAAAGACCUAGAUUUGGACAUUUUUGUACUUUUUAAACAAAUUUUGAUAGACUAAGGUACCAUACCUGGAGUAGGCUAAUCUGCCAUUCAUUAGUGGUCAUACUCAGUGCAAGGAAGAGUUAACUUUUGUAAUACAAAGGGCAAGUAAGAUUUAGACAUGUAAGUUGUAUUCAUGAAAUCUAUUGUGAUUACAUUAUAUAGGUUACAGAGAAAUUAAGUUACUUUUCUUUAACAUCUUGUGCUAUUGAUUGUUUUAUGUUCUCACAUUCCAUUCUUACUCCUCAGCUGAAGUAUUCCUUUCUCUCAUUUUACUGGUACUCAUUGUGACCGAAUAACAUUUUGAUUAAAAAUGGAUAAUAAAAUUCUCCUUCGAAUGGAUUUUGUAUUGAACGAAGCUUGACCCAUAGACUAGCUCUCAUUUUACGUGAGACUAAUUGUAUGUUUUUCUUUCUACACAGUCCCGUAGCUAGUAGGCUGCUGCAAUAUGGCCAUCCUUCCUGCCAAAUUAUCGUAGAUUUUGGAAAGCUAGGAUUUGAGAAGUGGAGGAGGAGCAUUCACAAUGGCGUGGACGAGAGGCUCAAUCGGAGUGAGAGGCUCAGGAGGAUACAAUGCUGCAGCAAGCUAGCAAGGGGAGGAUCACACUUUGGAUAUCUUGGAUCACAUUGGAUGAGAUGCUCUCUCUCAUAAGGAUCUCACUUGGAUUUACCAUGGAGAGAAAAGGAGGAUUUUUCGGGGACAUGUUCUGCGCUCAGGAUCUCACUGGAGGAUCAUGGAUCACUUGUGGAUAAGGAUUUGAAACAUUCAAGGGAUUCCGCCGAGUAGCAAAGGACUGGAUUUGUGAGUUAAGGAUUCACCUUCCCCCCUUCAUUGCCUGAACUUAAUAAUAUUUAAUUUCCCGCCAUAGUCCUCACUUAGUACAAACUUACAGGUUACCAGUCAUUAGUUUUCUUUUGUUUUACUGGGUUGUUUAAACAAGAAAAUUUUUAACCUAAUAACAAGCUUUGAAUAUCAUCCAGAAACAUGACUAAUUGAAGUUUGACCAGAAUUGAUACCGUAAGGGGAGGUUGGCAAGGAAGUUCGGAUUUCACUUGUUAUUAAUCAGCUUCUCUUUUUGCAGCAGCAAUACCCCUCAUGGUCUUCUGUUAACCAACAAUGAAUACAUCAAUAAAACACUGUUGUCA